GUUACAUCUCAAGCAAUCAGGGUCAUUUCGGAGUUGUCUGAAGGACGUUCUCUAAUGACUCUAUCUACAGGAAUAUUCGCGGCGAGGUGUCAAUUAUCGAUGACUUCGAGUACUUGGGUGUCGACGGUCAAGUCACAGCCAGACAUGUUUGGGUUUGAAUCCCAACUGUGAAUAUCCGAGAUACCACGUAUUGUAUCCUGACAACUCCCAAUUGUGUCUCAAUGCAGGGUACGAUAUAGCAACCCGAGGGUGCAUGUAUGGGACGGGCAUCUGAGGCCUUGACCAUGAAACUUUGAAGUCACCGUAAUCGCCGACUCAGCUCUUCAAGGCUCCUCAGCGGCAUUAAUGGGGGCAAUGCCGAUCUCGUAAUGUCGGCGGAAUGCGACCUUGACAAUCUCUGGCGGGCAUCGUUCGCCAUUGCGGUGCGCGGCACCUGGAGGAGACAAACAUAUAAAAGCAGGAAGUUUGCUUAGACAUUCCUCAGCACUCCGAGCACUCUCUUGCCUGCCAAUCCCUUCAUCACCUCACACAAUGAAGUUCUCCCUCGCUGCUGUCCCUCUGUUCGUUGCCGCGGCCAUGGCCCAAGUUGUAUCGCUCUCCGCACCCACUAAUGGCCAGACCAUUUCCUCCGGCCAGCAGAUGACCGUCCAAGUGACUGAACCCGAUUCCAACUCGUCUUGGGAGGAAGUCGCCGUCGUUGUCGGUAUCUCUUCUUGCAGCACGAGCGGAUGCCCGUCUGCUGAGGAGGACGGCAUGCAAUAUAUCCUCUACAAUGGCCAGUACAAGCCUGCAUACCCGAACCCGAACCCGCAGCACGUUCAGCCUUACCAGGACUUCACUGUCACCCUCCCCGCCACCCUGGCCAAGGGCGAGGCUGUCGUGUCCGUUGCACACUUCGCGCUCAUUGGAGCGUCCUACGUCCCUUACACUGGGUUCGCGAACGUGACCGUCUCCGUCGCGUGAUCGAUUGUUUUGGACCGAAGAGGAUUCAUCAUCUAAUUUCUAUCACUUGGGCUCAUCAUUACUAUUUCUGGUGCAUUGACCUUAGUUUGAGCUUUCGGACUGCCCGCUUUUAUCCCUAUAACUAUAUUCUUGCACAAGGAAUGCCGUCUCUGCCCAACUUGCCAUUAUCGUUGGCGGAUCAAGCUCCGGGUCCGAGAAUCCUCUGUCUAAGCCUCUAGGAUAACACUUGAUCGCUCUGAGGCGCGGCAGCAUGCUAUACAGGACAGGAGCAACGAGAUGAGGGGCGUAGAUAGGAGAUGACCACACUUCAAUCUCCGUGAUGGUCAUAUUGAGUGGCGACGAGACUCGGUCCUCCAGAUCGACCGUCGCGUCGAGUGCGAUAGCCAGCUCUUCUAAGAAAGGGCACUUCUCUAGAAGAUUCUUCAACCCCUUUAUCGUAAUCUUGCUCCGAUGUCCGGGUGGAAGUAAGACGUGCUGUGACAAGUCGAUGACAGAAAGAACGCGUAGACAUGGCCAGGCUGUGGCUAGCAGCUCGAGCUCCACACCGCCCAUCGCUUGGUGACAGAGGUCACGAAAUCGGAAGGUUGUUAUGUUUCUGAAACCUAGUAAAGGCUGAAUCACACCACAGGGAGGGGUUGGUGACUCGACUUCUUCAUUAGAAUACCAUACUGAAAGCUCAAUGGAGGCAAGGCUGGCCGGCGAGCAUGAUUUGGCGAUAGUCGCGGCUAGAUUGGCUAGGCUCGGGUUGUCCAUAUUGUGUAUGGUCAUAUCAAGAGUUUUGAGCGAAGGUGGUCUUUGGUGGCAAAGUAGCUGAAGCAGGCUUCUGGCAUUGCCGUACGGAUCAUCGACUAUGAGAUUUUGUAAUGUAGGAAAGUUGAUAUGGUCGCUGGAUCCCAGGUAAUGCGCGCUGUGGUCCUCAGGAGGAGGAAGGAUCACAUUUAGUUCCUCAAGGACAGGCAACUGAGCCGCCAAUGCAAGUACUUUAGGAGCAAAAGACACGUCAUGAGGCUCGCCAUCGUGCCAUAUUUCUAGUUUCCUUAGAGACUGAAAACUUGAUAGCGUCUCCGAAAGAGGUAGAUAGAGAUCAGCUUCGCUAUCAGAGCCCGCAGUGGCCUUGAUAGACCCAAGGGUUCCAGCAGCAUGAAUCAGGCUCCGGAAUAUGCCGGAAUAAUCAUGGUCCUCCUCACUAAACCAUAGCUCCACCUCGCAGAGCUUUGGACAAGAAGUAAGGCUCCCGACAAAAAAAAGGUCUUGAGGAUCCCGAAACUGCCAGACCAGAUGUCGAAGGGAAGGAAAUAAAGGACCAGCUUCUGAGUCGGAAGGUGACAUCAAAGCUUCCAUAAGCUCAAGGUCAUACGUCAUUGGCAAGCGUAAAUCGUAAUCGUUGGUGAGGGUUCGGACGCGACGAGCAUAAGGCCGGAAAAUUUGCCAAUCUCUAGAUGUCAUUUCGCGGGCGAAACUGAAGGCAACCCCAUCGUUUGCCAGAAGGUCUCGAGGAAGACAGCGUAGAAGAUCGUCAAUGAUAAUCUCAGCGUACAUCUCGUCAAGGGCAGGUUCUGACAUUGUCCUGCAGGUCCUGGCAAGACGGCAUAGCGCCCGUUGAUCACCAGAAAGGAACCCUAUUAUAACGGAGACGAUCUCCGCUAGACGAAGACAGGGAUGCAUCGCUGCUGCUGCUUUGAGUCCAC